UUCUUGGCUGUUUCUCUCUUUAUUUUUCGCCGCUGCUCGGGUAAAUUUCUGGAUGUCUUCGCUGUUCUCUGACCUCGUCCCCCCCCUUUCCCUAGGCGGACUUGAACAAUUUCAAUGGCACAGGCAGCUCACCCGGCGCCCAGCGUAGCCAUCACUCUCACCUAUGACAAUUUUACGUCAGUGGGAAGUGCCCCCCUACCCGAUAACAUGCCCACUGUGAGCAGUGUACUUGCGGUGGUUUUGAUCCCGAUCUUUCUCGUCAUCGUCGUCACCUGCCCUUGGUGGAAGCCCAAACUCCUGCCCUUUGUCCUCCGUGGAUGCUGCCCUUUCAUUAUGGUCCACUCGGAGCACGAUGACAAUAUCCCGGACAUUGUGGACCUGGCAUUCGCCAAGUUGGACGCCACCGGCACCGGUCCCAAGGAGGAUGCAUAAACUUUCAGACGGAGAGAGUUUUGCCAUUUAUGACUCAGAAUACAUAUACGUUGGAGUACUGUGUUACAGCUAUUUCCAAAUCGAUAGGCCAAAUUCCAUUUUACAAACUCA